AAACACACUAUUGCGGUUGGUGUUGCUUCUUUGCGGUUCCAAGUGAUGAGACUGACGUCAUGCGGACCGACGCAGCGCACCGAGGAGCAGAGGAAGACGCAGCGGCAGCAGCAGCAUCCCCGCUAAAGGCUUGACGUAGGGCAGCCCCGUCUCAACCAGCAACCUAGCACCAGCAGUGGCUUCCGUGAGCAUCCUCUGAAAACACGUGAUAAAAGAUAAGAUGGCCACCUCCUCAAACUUGGACGAAGACGAGAGCUUGAAAGGCUGUGAGGUCUUUGUGCAGAGGCAUAACAUCCAGCAGAUCCUCAAAGAGUGCAUUGUGAACCUGUGCAUCGCCAAACCCGAGCGGCCUAUGAAGUUCCUUCGGGAGCACUUUGAAAAGCUGGAGAAGGAAGAAUGCAAGCAGAUCCUGGCGCGCCAGAAGUCCAACAGCCAGUCGGACUCCCAUGAUGACGAGGUGUCCCCCCCGCCCCCCAACCCCGUGGUGAAGGCCCGGCGCCGCAGGGGCGGAGUCAGCGCCGAGGUGUACACCGAGGAGGACGCCGUCAGCUACGUGCGCAAGGUGAUCCCCAAGGACUACAAGACCAUGACCGCCUUGGCCAAGGCCAUCUCCAAGAACGUGCUGUUCGCUCACCUGGACGACAACGAGAGAAGUGACAUAUUCGAUGCCAUGUUCCCCGUCACCCACAUCGGAGGGGAAACAGUCAUCCAACAAGGCGAUGAAGGGGACAACUUCUACGUGAUUGACCAAGGAGAAGUGGAUGUAAGUAGCCCACACAGUGAGACGCAACACCCACCCGUUUAAUUCAUGCACCCAGAUUCCCCUGCAGGUUUCCAAUGGGUUCUGCUGAAUUCAUGUGUCAUUUUCCCAGGCUAUAAACUGACAAAAUUAAUGAAUACAUACAAUGGAAGGAAUUGCAUCAAUUGGCCAAGAUUCGUUAUGAUUGCUUAUGUUUCGUCUUGAUCUUUGGAAAUCGUUCUGAUUUGACCGUAUUCAUUUGUUGGUCGUCAGAAUUGAGACGGUAGUCUUAGGAAGUGCUAUUUCUAACAUGCAUAUAAAUACUUGAUAUUUGGCUCCUUUCAUCCAACCUUCGAAG